GGACCUAUUUAAAGGUGGAUGUGAGAGGAGGUUUCACCCAUCACUGCUUCAGUCACACACACACCCUGGAGAGAGCACAAGAUUGUUAGACAUUUUGAAGUCAAUUUUUGAAGUCAUCAUGUUGCGAUCAUCUACCUGUUCUACUGGAUUCUACCUGCUAGUCCUGGUGCCUCUCUUGUGCAAUGUAGGGGUAAUACGUGGAGAUACUACCAUCCAAUCGGCAGAAGAAGGCAAUGAAACCAAUAACUGUACUGGGACCUAUUACUGUAAGCCAGGUGUCAUUUUACCUAUUUGGAAACCUCAAAAUCCAGCUUUUGGUGAUAAAAUUGCAAGAGCUACAGUUUAUUUUGUGGCAAUGGUCUACAUGUUCCUAGGAGUAUCAAUCAUAGCAGAUCGAUUCAUGUCCUCAAUCGAAGUCAUUACUUCUCAAGAAAAAGAGAUAACCAUUAAGAAACCCAAUGGAGAAACAACAACGACAACUGUUAGGAUAUGGAAUGAAACUGUUUCAAAUUUGACCCUUAUGGCUCUUGGUUCAUCCGCUCCUGAAAUUCUUCUUUCUGUGAUUGAAGUUUGUGGCCAUAACUUUCAGGCUGGAGAUCUUGGCCCCAGCACCAUUGUAGGGAGUGCGGCAUUUAACAUGUUCAUAAUUAUUGCUCUGUGUGUCUAUGUAGUACCCGAUGGGGAAAUAAGAAAGAUUAAGCAUCUCAGAGUUUUCUUUGUCACAGCAGCCUGGAGCAUUUUUGCCUACACUUGGUUGUAUAUGAUCCUUUCAUAUUUCUCUCCUGGAGUUGUUGAGGUCUGGGAAGGACUACUCACUUUCUUCUUCUUUCCAAUAUGCGUUCUCUUUGCUUGGAUUGCAGACAGAAGGCUUUUGUUUUACAAGUAUGUCUAUAAGAGGUACAGAGCUGGGAAGCAAAGAGGAAUGAUUAUUGAAACAGAAGGAGACAGACCUUCAUCCAAAGCAGAUAUUGAAAUGGACGGAAAAGUCCUUAACUCGCACACAGAAAAUUUCCUAGAUGGUUCUUUAGUUAUGGAAGUUGAUGAAAAGGACCAAGAUGAUGAGGAAGCGAGGAGAGAUAUGGCUAGAAUUUUAAAAGAAUUGAAACAAAAACACCCUGACAAAGAGAUGGAACAACUUAUAGAGCUUGCCAAUUACCAAGUUUUGAGUCAGCAGCAAAAAAGUCGAGCUUUUUACCGCAUUCAGGCCACUCGGUUAAUGACUGGUGCAGGCAAUAUUUUGAAGAGGCAUGCAGCAGAUCAGGCAAGAAAAGCUGUCAGCAUGCAUGAGGUUAACACCGAUAUUAUAGAAAAUGACCCAAUAAGCAGAAUAUACUUCGAACAAUUAACUUAUCAAUGUCUGGAAAACUGUGGGACUGUGGCACUGACCAUUAUUCGUCGUGGAGGUGACCUUACCAACACAGUGUUUGUUGAUUUCAGAACAGAAGAUGGCACUGCCAAUGCUGGUUCAGAUUAUGAAUUUACUGAAGGCACUGUUGUUUUCAAGCCUGGUGAAACACAGAAAGAGGUUCGUGUAGGGAUCAUUGAUGAUGAUAUCUUUGAAGAAGAUGAAAACUUCUUAGUCCAUCUUAGCAAUGUUCGAGUAAAUUCUGCAACCGCAGAAGCAAAUCUAGAGUUAAACCAUGUAACACCUCUUGCAUGUUUGGGAUCACCAACCACAGCCACUGUAACCAUCUUUGAUGAUGAUCAUGCUGGCAUCUUUACCUUUGAGGAGCCAGUAACACAUGUAAGUGAAAGUGUGGGCACCAUGGAAAUAAAAGUUCUGAGAACAUCUGGUGCCAGAGGAACUGUUAUUGUACCCUACAAAACUACUGAAGGUACAGCAAGAGGUGGAGGGGAAGAUUUUGAAGAUACGUGUGGAGAGCUGGAGUUCCAGAAUGAUGAAAUUGUCAAAACCAUAUCAGUGAAAAUAAUUGAUGAUGAGGAAUAUGAGAAAAACAAGACCUUCUUCCUUGAGAUUGGGGAACCUCGUCUGAUGGAGAUGAGUGAGAAGAAAGCCCUGUUGUUGAAUGAGCUUGGAGACUUCACCAUCACAGGAAAAAUAUUAUAUGGUAAGAAGUUAACCUUAAAUAGUGUGGGCAAACCUAUCUUCAGGAAAGUCCAAACUAGAGACCGUCCUUUUCCAUCUUCUAUUAUCAACCUCGCAGAGGAAAAUGAAGAAAAACAGUCGCUGACCAGCAAAGAGGAAGAAGAACGACGUAUAGCGGAAAUGGGCCGACCUAUCCUGGGAGAGCAUACAAAGCUUGAAAUCAUUAUCGAAGAAUCCUAUGAAUUUAAGAGCACUGUGGACAAACUCAUUAAAAAGACAAACCUUGCCCUUGUGGUUGGAACUAAUAGCUGGAGAGAGCAAUUUAUUGAAGCUAUCACUGUGAGCGCCGGCGAAGAUGAUGAUGACGAUGAGUGUGGAGAAGAAAAACUGCCAUCUUGCUUUGAUUAUGUGAUGCACUUUCUGACUGUUUUCUGGAAGGUUCUAUUUGCUUUUGUUCCUCCGACAGAGUAUUGGAAUGGUUGGGCCUGCUUCAUUGUGUCUAUCUCCAUGAUUGGCCUCCUGACAGCUUUUAUUGGGGACUUAGCUUCACAUUUUGGCUGCACCAUUGGAUUGAAGGAUUCAGUUACUGCCGUUGUGUUUGUUGCUCUUGGAACAUCAGUUCCAGACACUUUCGCAAGCAAGGUAGCAGCAACCCAAGAUCAAUACGCUGAUGCCUCCAUAGGCAAUGUUACUGGCAGCAACGCUGUGAAUGUUUUUCUGGGUAUUGGUGUGGCCUGGUCUAUUGCUGCUAUCUACCAUGCAGCCCAUGGAGAGGAGUUUAAAGUUAGUCCUGGCACACUGGCUUUCUCUGUCACACUUUUCACCAUAUUUGCUUUUAUAAGCGUUGGUGUCCUACUCUACAGACGGCGACCUGAAAUUGGUGGUGAGCUGGGUGGGCCACGGACUGCCAAGCUGUGUACCACAGCCCUCUUUAGUCUGCUUUGGUUCUUGUACAUUUUGUUCUCAUCUCUGGAGGCCUACUGCCACAUAAAAGGCUUCUAA